GGUUAAAUAACAAACUCGAUCGUAUACAUACAGAGUGGAUUGGAAGUUGUGGAGACACAAUACAAACAGAACAGAAAUUCUGUUCUGUUACAGAAUAGUGCACGACAGAAUAGAAAUGUCAAAAGUGUGACACGGAUAAAUUACAAAUUAUAAUUAUUUAUCAUCAGCAUUCCCCUGAUUCCUGAGAGUGACACAUCAUUGUGUAAUCGCAUUACUGUAUCUUGGUUGGUUGGGUAAAGUAAUAAUCUCGAAGCUACAUAUACUCGUUAUUUUACACAAUAAAAUAAAAAUACUAAAAAUCUGCAAUGUGGGUUAGCGAUGGGAGUGACGAAAUUGUGGUUGAAGGGUCCCGGGUGGUCUGUAACGUGGGGCCUUCCUCUGGCUCCAACGUCUACAACGCCCUGUGGAAAGAGGGGGGCGCCGAGGACAAAGGAAUCCUGCAGGGAAAGGCAUAUUGGAAAAUUGCUCUCCAAGACUUAAAAGAGGGGAAUUUGUUUGCUGGGGUCAGUGACUUGGCCAAGUUCAAGAAAGGUUGGAGUUGCAAAGGGCUAUUGUAUGGUGGCAACCUGUCAAAUGGAGGAUGUCUCCUUGUUGGAAAUUUUGGACCAUGGUUAAAAAACAACGAUGUCCUUGGAGUAUUUGUGGACGCUGAUGAAUCCAAAAUUAGGGUGUAUUUUGAUGUCAACGGGACUUCAAUGGGCCUUGCAUUUGAUGUUCCAAGGCAAACACUGGGGAAUAUUUAUCCAAUGCUGCAUUUUUCUGGAUCUGGUUCAGCGACGAUCCAAAAAGCUACAGAUUUUCCGUCCAUUACUAGACAAGAAGAUAAGUUUGAAGGUCUCCUGGGUCACUGGCGAUAUUCCUCCGGCUCGUUCGAGGUUACGGGAGGAGAUGAGCCCACGUUCGAAAUUCGAGGAAGCCCUACCGUAUACAAAGGGAGCCUCCGAGUGGUGAAUACCAUUGGAGUAAGCAUUACUCGAAAUGGGCCAGGUGAGCCCUUCAAGGGACAGCCAGGGGCCUCAACAAUGAUGGGAGGACCACCCGAGUUGAUGCGACUUGAGAGUGAAAUGACCAAGCACGUUACGGGUACUUUUGUACUCGGCGAAUCGGGACAAUUGGUCAUCAGCGAUGAAGACAAGACUUCCAACUGGACAAGAUUCAGUCCUACCAAGAGUCCGGUCACUGAAAAUCCAUUUCAGUGAAAUUUGUACCUUUCAAUGGGACGAGGAUACAUUUUUGCAGGCAUUUUUCACAGUAUUAACAGGUCAAGCUUGGUCAUUUGUUGGUAUUGCUCGUGAUAAAUUUGUGUUUUAUUUUAACCAAACCAUUGUAAAAUGUAAUACUAUCACUAUCAACUAUCAACUAAUGGAGUUAUUAAAACGUUGCAAUCUGCUAUACAUAUUAACCGGUAUAAAAUUAUAGCCAAUUAUCAAUAAAAUAUUCACACAGUAA